AUGCCAGGAGGUAUUAUACUUGCAACAGCUAGCUAUGAUCAUACUAUAAAGUUUUGGGAUCCACCUAGUGGAGGUUGUUAUAGAUCGAUUGAUUGCGGUGAUUUCCAUAUAAAUAGAUUAGAGAUAACAGCUGAUAAACAUUAUAUUGCUGCUGCAGGACAUCCACAAACCAAACUUUUUGAAGUCAAUUCAAAUAAUAAUAAUCCUGUAACAAGUUUCGAUGGUCAUAAAGUGAAUGUAACAUCGGUUGGUUUCCAGAAGGAAGGUAAAUGGAUGUAUACAGGUUCAGAAGAUGGUACCGUUAAGAUUUGGGAUAUAAAGGCACCGGGAUGUCAGCGUGACUACGAGUGUAAUGCACCGGUCAAUUGUGUUGUUCUCCAUCCGAAUCAGGCGGAACUGAUAUCGGGUGAUCAAAACGGUAGUAUCAGAGUGUGGGAUCUGAUUUCGAACACUUGCAGUCGUGAGUUGGUGCCGGACGGUGAGAACGGUAUCACUUCACUCUCGAUCAGCUCCGACGGUUCAAUGGUAGUGGCAUCCAACACCAAAGGCAAAUGUUUCGUUUGGCACCUAGGUGAAGACGACACCUCGCGAUUCGACCCACUCCACAAAAUCGAAGCACACAACGCACCCAUUCUCAAAUGUUUAUUCUCACCCGAUACCAAGUUGUUGGCAACAGCAUCUGCGGAUCAUACAGUAAAGAUUUGGAAUACAAAGAAAUUCAAUGUUAUACAAACUUUGAAUGGACAUCAACGAUGGGUUUGGGAUUGUUCAUUCUCGAAUGACUCUGCUUAUUUGGUUACAGGAUCGAGUGAUCAAAUGGCAAAACUCUGGGAUUUACAUCAAGGUGAAUCAGUAAAGACUUAUUCAGGACACAGUAAAGCUGUCAACGCUGUUGCCCUUAAUGAUUUACCACGUUAA